CUUUAUUAGCACUGCGCCCUUGUCUCGCCAUUUUCCUUCCCAAGGAUCAACAAACAGAGAACAUCAUUAAACGACAGCGCUCUUUUGGGCGAAAUGGCCGUGUAGAAGUGUGCAGCGACCCAGCAGCAGCCAUCCCAACAGUGCAUCCAGCCAGUGCACUGAGCCACAUCUUAUUCAGAAAAAUGACGUCCUUCGUGGAAAACCUCAGCUCUGCUGCAUUCGACAGCAUAAAAGAAUCCAUCUUCCCAGUAUUGUCGCGCACCCCGUUCGUGACCAACAACAGCCACUAUGACCAUGAUGAUGACAAGCUCACAGUUUGGCCUGGACGACAUGGAGGCCCUUCUUUGGGGGCCUUCCUCUCCCAUGGCUGACGCCAUGGGCUCCGUACUUUUCCACUCUGACCAAGAAGAACAGCCCGAACGAGGACGAAGCCCUGGUUCAGAGGGGGGUGCGUCGCUGGCAUCCCUCUCCUCAUCACCAUCUUCUUUGUCCUCUCCCCCUCCCUUCUACUCCCCCCCUCCCUCACCACCGGCCCUGCUUCUCCAUGGGGACAAAGCAGGAACCGAGUCGGACCUGCUCCCCCUCCCUUGGUUGGCCCACCCUGACCAGCUGGGACGCACCCAAACAGUUGCAAAUGACAGCAAAGAAGAUGCAUUUGGCGACCUGGACUGGAUGACGGAGAGGGUAGACCUGAGUGAGUUUGACCUGGACUCUCUGAUUGGCUCCUGCAGUCCAGACAUGGAGUCCCCCAGCUCUCCUGAAGACCUCCUUGCCUCCCUGGAUUGCCCCAUGGAGCUCGACUCCCUCCCCCUCCCCACCGUACCAACCCCUGCACUCACAAGUCUCCCUGCUCCUUCCCUUCCAACGAUAAGCACCCCUCCGCUGUCCACUGCCUCAGCGGAUCUGUCUCUCAUCCAAGCUGUCGAUCCAGUGUCCCACACCAACAGGCAGGAAGCUCCCUCCCCUCCUCCAUGUGUCCCAGAGCCCCAGGAGGAGCUGGAGAUCAAAUCUGAGCCUGUGUCCCCUUCCCCUUCCUCUCCCUUAGUACAUUCUCCCCCUUCCCCUACAUACACCCUUGACCUGGGCAGCGAAGUAGAUGUCUCAGAGUGUGAGGUGAAGCCAGUUGUAGCUACUGUGGUGCCCCAGCCGCUCCCCAGAAUCGUCCUGUCCCUCUCAUCCACUCGCAUCGUGCUCGUCCUGGCCCCCAAAGACGAAAUCGGGGGCACCACCACCACCACUGUAACCACCACACCAGAGACUGUCCAGACCUCUCCUCCUGCCUCUACUUCGUCAAGGUCCCCCAGAAGCAGACCCUACCCUGACCCCAAAUCCAGGGCCAGUCCCCCCUCCCCCACUACCACCAGUGUCAAGGUCAAAUCUCCUAGGGGUUCAGCAGCAGCUGGAGCAAAUGAAAAGUUGCCUGUGAAGAGUGUGAAGGAUAAGAAACAGAAGAAGAUGGAGCAGAAUAAGACAGCUGCUACACGCUACCGGCAGAAGAAGAGAGCUGAACAGGAAGCGCUCAGCGAAGAGUACGCUGAGCUGGAGAGGAAGAACAUAGAACUGACCGAGAAGGCUGACUCCAUGGCCAGGGAGAUCCAGUACCUCAAAGAGCUGAUGGAGGAGGUUCGCCUGGCCAGGAUAAAGAAGGGCCUUGGUGCUGACCUCUAGUGGUUGGGUCGGAGAACGACAAGAUGAGGUGGUGCGUUUUUCCACAAGUGACGGGAUUGAGAAAGUUGGCUCAAAAGGUGUUUUGUUGACCCAGAUAUUUGUUUGAGAGUGUAUUCUAAUACCACAAUGCAUGUCUUAGAUACCCAAAAUCAAGUAAAACCGAAUAUCUCUCCUUUUUUUAAAUAUAUAUUGACUAUAUUGGUAUUUAAUGUUUGUCAACUUGUGUAGUGUUGCUCUACUAUAUUAAGACCUACAAGUAUUUUCCACUCAGUAUAUAAACUUGUGUGUUAUUCCAUCAAAUAUAUUACUCUUGAUUCUUAAAAACUUGGACCUCUGAACUUUGUCGUAGUAAGUCUUUAGAUUUUAAUAUGUAUUUAUAAUGUGCAUUUAGCAUAUGUACCUGCGUAAUUAUUAGAAACCUCUUAAUAAAGCUCUUAAACUUG